CCUAGCUCAGUCCAACCAACUCCACUACCUCCUAUAUUAUCUUCCCUAACCCUCCCUCCCCAUCACUGUCUGGCUUCUUAGUCCUUUCUUCCAAGUACAAGAAUGGAAGCUUAGCUUCCCUCCUUCUUUUUUUUUUUUUUUUUAGUUCAGACCAUGCAUUUUCUUGUUGAACAACAUAUAUAUAACUUUAUUUAGCACUAAAUUAGUAUGGAGGACUUACUUUGUCAUGAGGCAUGGCUUUCGAGUCUUGAAACUCCUCCUGAACAUUUCCAUGAACGCAGAGGAUGGAUUUUGGAUGGGGAUGUUGGUUCAUUUUAUUUGACAAAGGAAGAGUCUAAGCAAGCACUUACAAUGUGCCUUGAGAAGGAGUUCAGUUUCAUGCCUGAACCUGGAUAUGAGGAAUAUCUUCGUUCUCAUGGUUUGGUUGUUGCUAGAUUUAGAGCAGUUCUAUGGCUUGUCAAGUCUCGUCCUCGGUUCAACCUCUCCAUAGAAACUGUUUUCAAUGCUGUAAAUUACCUGGAUAGAUUCAUAUCUACGACUCAUUUCCAUGGAUGGAAAUAUUGGAUGAUUGACUUACUAUCUGUGGCAUGUUUCUCCGUUGCCUCCAAGUUCAAUGAAACCUCAACGCCACCCUUGCAUGAAAUUCAGAUGGUAGGCCUGGACCAUUCGUUUCGAUCUAGCACAAUCCAACGUAUGGAAUUGGCUCUGAUGCGAGCAUUAAAAUGGCGCCUUGGAUGCACAACUACUUAUUCGUACGUGGAGCUGAUGACACCAAUUAUCAUCUCCAAGAAACCUAACCUAAUUCACAAGGACUUAAUCAAUCAAGUCACGAAAAUGCUUCUCUGCGCUCUAUUAGAUUUGAAAUUGCUGGAAUUUCCACCAAGUGUGAUUGCUGCAUCAGCUAUAUGGAACAGUCUACAGGAAUUAAUUCCAUCCUCUGAUGAUGCCCAUUUUGCUGAACUUUCUAGUCUUCUUAAUCAACAACAGAAGCAGGAUGGGGUUAUCAAGUGCCAUGAGAUUAUGCAAGCAUGGUCGGGUGACCCAUUCUUCAAUCUUCUAAAUGCUUCUGAUGAUGAGUACCGCUGCUACCACCCUUCAAGUCCUGUAACAGUCUUGCUCAAGGAUCCAAUUCAUGUCGAUGAUUGUCAAGUUGAUCUAUCUCUCUUUAACCUGCCUGCUGGUUCAAUAGUAAUCGAUAUUGAAUCAUGUGGAGAAAAAGGGAAAAGGGAAGAAGAGUAGAGAAUUACGCACAGAGAUAUAUAAAUGGCAUUUCCAGGGCCGUGUGGCGUGCCAUAUAUAUUAUUCGUAUGCUUCUGCUGUGGAAUACACAUCUCCUUCUUGC